AUGUCGACAGAAAAACAGUAUCAACCACAACAGCCUCCACCGGCUUACACAGGACAAGGACCAGAUAAUGGCAACGCAUAUGGCUACCCUGAAAGUUAUGGGAAAACCGAGACACAUUCUGGGGACUCCUGUUCUGGAGACACUUCUAUGAAUCCUCAACAGCAAGGGCAGCAGUACCAAUUCAGAAAAGACGAUGAAUUUUACAAUUUGAACCAUGAGGGAGCAGGUGCACCAAUAGGCUCAUACGCGGAGGUAUUUCCUACAGAAGAUAACAACAAGCCAAAAUUUAACGACUGGCCAUUCAUUAUUGUGUUCCUUUUAACCUUGUGUGGGUUUAUUGUAGUCGCCUCUCUAACACUUCGAGCAUGGUCUCAAACUUAUUCUUCAACAGGUUCCGGAAUCUAUCAUGAUUUUGACACAGGUACGCUGAAUACUAACUCUGUGAUUCUAUUGGUAUUCUCUGUGGUCAUUGCGAUCUUCUUUGCCUUCAUAGGUAUCGUACUUUGCAGAGCUUAUCCAAAAUUCUUCAUUUAUGCAGGUAUGAUAGUCAAUAUUUUGGCUGCAUUGGGAACCGCUAUAAUGUAUAUGUCCCUAAAAUAUUGGUCUGCCGGUAUAGUAUUCUUAAUUUUCACAUUUAUGACUGCAUGGUGUUACUGGGGUAUGAGAUCCAGAAUUCCACUAACAGUUGCCAUUCUAAGGGUAAUAGUCUUAGCAAUGAAGAAUUGCCCCCAGUCCUUAUUUGUUUCAUUCUUUGGUACUAUUGUGGCCUCUGCGUUUGCCAUGCUAUUCUCAACUGUUGUCGUUGCAACAUAUAUGAAAUACGAUCCAAGUAAUACAAACUCUGGUUGUAACGUAUCCGGUGGUGAUUGUUCACAUGCAAAGUUGAUUGGUGUGUUGGUAGUGGUCUUCUUUUGUGGGUACUAUAUUUCAGAAGUUAUUCGUAAUGUCAUGCACUGUACUGUUUCUGGUGUGUUUGGAUCUUGGUAUUAUAGAUACAAAUCUGACCAAGGAAUGCCAAAGUGGCCAGCUAUGGGAGCUUUCAAACGUGCUAUGACAUACUCAUUUGGAUCGAUUUGUUUUGGGUCUUUGAUUGUUUCGAUUAUCGAAACAUUUAGACAGCUACUGCAAUUGGGUAAACAAGCGGCAAUUGCAAGUACUGACAAUGCGAAUUGGAUUAGAAUAAUAUUUUGGUUAAUUGACAUGUUAGUAGGUUUUAUUCAAUGGAUUGCCCAGUAUUUCAACCACUAUGCCUACUGUAUAAUUGCACUUUAUGGUAAACCAUAUUUGAAAGCGGCAAAACAAACCUGGUAUAUGUUCAGAGAGAAGGGUAUUGACGCAUUAAUUAAUGACAACUUAGUUAAUGUAGCUCUUGGAUUUUACUCCCUAUUUGCAAGUUACAUGUCCUGUUUGUUUGCAUUCCUCUACUUACGUUUCACUAAGCCAGGUUACAAUUCAGACGGAGACUUUAACGCGCCAUUGAUGGCUUUCGCAUUUGUGAUUGCUUUGCAAUUGACAAACAUAGCAAAUGAAACGAUCAGAUCCGGCUGUGCUACAUUCUUCACAGCACUUGGCCAUGACCCCGAGGUAUUCCAAGCUCAGUAUCCAGAUCGCUUUGAUGAAAUAUUCAGGAGUUAUCCACAAGUUUUGAAUAAACUUACCCAUCAAGAUGUCUAG